CGGUUGCGUCUACAUAUGAAUGUCGACGCAUCGCUCUUGCUGGUCGCUGGCGAAGGAAUCCGGUAUAAAAGUGAAGGCGUAAAAGUAAGACAUCUCAGUCGAAUCUGCUGUCAGUGUUGUAGAAGCGAGACGGUCUGCUAGGCAAGCACUCACGGAUACCAUCGAAAGAAUAGGUGGGAAUUCAAUGAUGUAUUCCACAACUGCUAUAUUCAUCCUCUUGUUGGUUGCCGUGGUGACCAGCCAAUACAUGGCACCAUACUACAACCAAGAUAGAUCACACAACUAUCAUGGCGGCAGCAGAGUUUACAACGACGCCGGCCGAUACAACGCGAAUCGUAACAACUAUAACCACGACAACGGCGUCUAUGAGGAUGUGAACCGUGGAAACUACCAUAACUCCAAUUACAGGAAUGCAAACGAAGCCAACUACAACAAAAACCACUAUGCCCGAGACUAUGGCGGCAAACACUACAACAAGAACUACGUCAGAGGAAAAGCGUGGGGUCACAGCACAGAAAGGUACCUCCCGUCGUACACCUACGGAAGAACGUACAUUCCCGUGCAAGUAUUACCAGUGGCCCCCUACGGGCAUGGAGGCCCGGUAUACGGUGCGCCCAUAUACGGAGGCUACUAGACCGCUGUGUCGAACCCGAGCCAUUCGGCUCACAUCGGAAACGUUCGUACAAACAUCAUUGAAUGCAUGUACGGUAUCGGUCGAAGUGUGCCGAGUGUGAACCGAGCGUGAGAACCGCCAUCUUGAAUGAGUGUAAAUAUCUACUAGAUUAAGCUUAUUUUACUCGAGCUUAUUUUUCGUUCGCACUCGUUCACUAACAAUAAAAUGAAGCAUACACGGGGGAUGCAUCACGUUUCGCAAAUUUUUAUAUAGAAGGCGAACUUGUUUGCCGAAAGAUCAACCAAUGAACACGCAGGUUUGACGAUGUUACAGUCAAGAAAUGCGGAACGCCACAAACUUUACACUGUUUAAAUUAUGUGAUCCUCCGAUUAGGAUCAUAAUAUAGAUUUAGAUAUUAAUUAUGACCGUGCAGUUAAUAACUAUUGAUGUGUUAACUCGUGCCUUUAACUGAGCCUAUUGUUAUUUUAUUAUUAUUAUACUUUUAACAAAAAUACUCUACAGCAUUUUCUACAGAGUAGUGUCUAACGGAAUAUAUCAAGUUAGAUAUUAUGAUUUUCAGCUGUUUUGUCAUGUUGACUUGUAUUGAGCUCAUACCAAAACUUCAUUUCAUGCAGUAUUGCAUUGUUAUUCCAGUUACGGACUUGUUACGUUUGGAAUGUAGCAGCUAUUGUUUAUAUUAAUAAAUAUAUUGUUUUUAUUGUUGAUAUAUAA